AUCGAAACUCCGAUCAGCGUAGAACCUCAACUUCAUUGAAAUUACUAUGGGGAGUAGUUUGCUUCAAAGAUGCUCACUUGCGAUAUUCUUGACUGCCAUAAUGCACCAGUGAGAUACAGCAUUGUUAUGGGUUGCUGUCACCGUCGCCUUUGUUCAAAACACCGAAGUCCUCCUUUUCACGAUUGCCCCAAGAGCGAAGAUGACUGGGAUGCGUUUUGCAAAGCCUUCGUGAAGACAGAAACUUUUGAACUCGUGGCGCUUCAACAGCGCAUCAAUCCCAUUCAGCUAGCGAACGUUGCAUCAUCUCUUCGGAAUCGCAAUGAUAUCCCGUGCAGCAUUCCAGCUCUUGUCGCAACCACAGCCAACCGCCCUAAGCUUUCGAAGAUGAUGGGAGGGAUGAACGUUCAUCUCGAUAUCUUAUUUGAUGAUAAUGUCGUCUGGCUCGCUCGCAUUCAACGAACAACUGCAGUCACACCUCCCCCAGCUGUGCAAAACCACAUUUUGCUCAGUGAAUUCGCGACAUUGGUGUAUCUUAACCGCAUUGGAGUGCCAACUCCUGUCGUUCACGGAUAUGGCAUAACAGCUGAUUCAAACGGUGUCGGCAUCAACUAUAUUCUGAUGGAUAAGCUGCAAGCUUCCCCGCUUAGAUGGUACGAUUUAGGUUCCGACCAGCGUCGUCGGGUACUCCAUCAACUAGCCAACAUUUUCAUCACACUAGAUCAUCAUUCGUUUCGACAAUCCGGUUCUAUUAUUCAGCCGCAUGCGUCUAUCGGCGCAUUUGCGGAUCGCGUGAUAUUUGAACCGAAUUAUUCCCAGAAACUUGACCUACUGGGGCCGUUCACCAGCCUUCGUCAACACCUAGAUCACACAAUUGGUUGUUAUCUUCGCCUCAUCGAAUCUUCUCAGUGGGCUGUCAGUGAUCCUGUGACAUCCUACCUCAUAUAUCGCACUCUACUGGAUACCUAUCCUCGCAUCCUGUCAGCCGAAUCGAUGAACAGUGAAAUUUUUUGUCUGCGCCAUCAAGAUGACAAAGGUGACCACAUACUCGUCAAUGACCAACUUGAUAUCCUUGGCAUCAUUGAUUGGGAGUGGUCGAAAGUUGUCGCAAAAUCAUUCGCGUUUGCUGCGCCUGUGAUGCUAUUGCCACUUGAAUUUGAUGAUGGCAAUAACCUUCUGUCGCAGGAUGAAGAGGAACUCGCGAGGAUAUUUGACUCGCUUGGUCGGUCAGAUAUGGCGUCGUGUGUUCGUCAUGGACGUGCCUAUCACCGGAUUUCAUUCAUCCUUGACAAUGGUGAUCGUCCCGAGGCAUGCAAGCCACAUAUGAAGGGACUGUUUCAGUUGUUGGGAAACGAAUGUUGGGAGUGGGAGACAUGGCGUUCUGAUGCUUUGCGCAUGUAUCAGUCCGAACAUGCUCUUCAGGUUUUAUUGGACAAUCAAGUCCUGCACUAGCUGACCUCCCCAUCGUACAUUGUAAUCUUACCUGCUAGUUGGUGUUGUAACGGACCUUAUCAUGAAUUGUCACUCUAUAAGUACACGUAGCCGCUCUUCAUUUUUUCUGGUCUCGAAUCAAGACAUCAUUUUGCCGAGCA